AUGACCGAUAACUUGUUGCAAUGUUAUAAUAAAGGAUGUGGAAAAAAGUUUAGCGAAAAUGAAAAUGGACAAGGUUUGUAUAAAUUAUCGAUUUUUUAGUUUUCAAUUUUUUUAGAAGCAUGCAGCUAUCACCCGGGUCCUCCAUAUUUCCAUGACGCAUACAAAAUCUGGAAUUGUUGUAAUAAGAAAAGCACGGAUUUUGGAACUUGGUUAAGUUAUCCUGGAUGUGCACGCGGAAAACAUAAUCCUGAAAAACCAGUUGAUAUUGUAAAAGUUGCUGCGGUUAAAGAGAUUCGACCUGAAAAAGAAGAAGAUGUGAUUGUAUGGAAAGGUUUGAAUAAAUCAGCAAAGAAGGAAAAUAUCGAAAAUAGCGGAAAUAAAGAAAGACCUCUUGUUGAUUUGAAAUUCGAAACAACACCUUCGGCUGAAGCUGCAAUUGAAAAGUUUUUGAACGAAUCGAAAGAUGCAGCAAAUAGUGGAGAAUUUAGUAUUGGAGCGGCGUGUAAAAACAAUGGCUGUGAUAAGGUAUUUGAUUUUUGGGUUUUUUAAUUAAAUUAUUUCAAUCAAUAUUUUCAGACUUAUGAUGGUUCAAAUUCAAUACCCGGUGAUUGCCAAAAUCAUCCAGGCGAAGCCAUUUUCCACGAAGGAAUGAAAUAUUGGUCAUGUUGUAACAAGAAAACAUCGAAUUUCGGUGCUUUUUUGGAACAAGUUGGAUGCACAAAAAGUGAACAUCGAUGGAGACCGGUUUGUAAAAAAUAUUUGAAUGAGUCAUAUUGAUUAAUUUGUUUCAGAACGAAAUUGUUAGUAAAGUUCGUGAAGAUUGGUUCUCAAGCAAUGGUUUUGUUACUGUCAAUAUUUAUUGUAGAGUGAGUUAUUUAAAAUCAGAAUUAUGAUAUGAAAAUUAAAUGAUUUAUUUCAGGGAACUAUUGGAAAAGAAUCAAGAUUACAAACUGAUGGACAUGUUUUGAAAGCAAACUUAGUUCAUGGAUUUGGAACAAAGGUAUCUUGAUUUCCGAAAAUUUUACUUUAUAAAUAUUCAUGAGAAUAUUAGAAAAAUCUUCAGAGAACUAUUCUCUCUCCAUAUUCCUUGCGCAACUUUUUUCCGGCCAAAGUUUAAAAAAUACUUCUCAAAAUUAAACUGGAAAUUUCGUGUAUUCUCAGACUGUUGAAAACAUUUCGAAAUUCUAAAUCUUUUGACGUUUUUAUGAACUACAUUUUUUUCAGGAAACUGCAUUGGAAUACGAUCUUUGGGAUGAAGUUAUUGUUGAAGAAAGUCGUGCGGUUAUUGGAGAACGUAAAGUUGAAAUUGUUCUCAAACAAAAAUACUCGACUGGUUGGCCAAGACUCAAGUUUGAUCCUGAAUUGGAUGAACCGAAAAAAGAACAAUCGGAGGCUUGA